AUGGAACCCCCACACCGCUCAAACAUAAAUGAAUCUGGCACCACAAACCUCACCUCCGCGCCGUUAACACCCUACCACCCCCCCGUCCUCAACCUCGAACUCGUCGAAAGCCGCAUCAACCUGCCCACGCGCAAACCCCGCGUUGCUCCCCGCCGCCUCACCACCCCCAUCCGCCCACCGCCACAGUACACCCUCCACGCACACCAACCCCACCCCUACGGCGACUUCACCACCAUCCCGCUCAACACCGCCGCCACCACCGCCGCCCCGGCCGCGCCAUGCACCCGCCGCCGCGACACAAUCCUCAUCGCCGUGAUGCUGUUCUUUGCGGUACUCGCGUUUGCGGGCGCGCUGGCGGUGUGUGUGCUGCUGUCGCUGUCGAAUUAUUCGGCUAUGCGCGGGCCCGUGCCGUUGUUGAUAUUUGUGAUGGCGGCGUUUCUGGUGGUGGCGGGUGGGCUGGUGGCGAGGGUGGUGUGUUUGUGGAUGAGGAUGAGGAGGAGUAGGUGUGCUGCUGCUGCUGCUGGUAGUGGUAAUGGGGAGGGAGGAGAUCUAGAGGGAGGGGUGAGGGUGGAGGUGAUAGAGAAGUUGGUGGCGCCGCCGGGGUAUAUGGAGGGGUUGGAGGGGAGGGAUCCGUUGGAGGGGGUGCCGCCGAGUGCGAUUGGGAGGGGGGAUUUGGAGAAGGAGGUGAGAUAG